UAACAAUAUAUAUUUUAUAUAAUCAAUAUAUAUUAGUUUUAUAGUUAAAUAUAAUAAUCAAAUACAACUAUAAGAAAAUAUUUUACAUUUCUAUCACAGUAUUAUAGAUUAGAAAAAUUAAAAAACAAAAUUUUAAUCAAAUGAGAGGUAAACAGUGACCUCAGAUUUGUCUCCUCCUGCCGUCCAGGAAAAUCUGAAGACGAAUCGGCACAUCAAUAUUGGUGGGGUAUAUACAGCAUUGUCCAGUCCUUGCUCCCUCAACAACAACAAUAUUGCCUUCACGACUAAAAGGAACAUGAAACAAUUUGUGAUUCGAGUGGUUAUACCUGUGAUAUUAGUAGUAUGUAUAUUUAUGUCACUUCCUCUGGUGUGCGGCCACGGACACAGCCACGACCACCAUGGCCAUAGUCAUGGAAAUGACGAACCUCCUGCUUUUAAGUGGAGUAAACAGGCGAAUGAACCGUACCACGAUGAAGAGCCUCACGCCCACCAUGACCCACACGCCCACCACGAGCCACACGCCCACCAUGACCCACACGCCCACCACGAGCCACACGCCCACCAGGACCCACACGCCCACCACGACCCACACGCCCACCACGACCCACACGCCCACCAAGAGCCUCCCACCCCCACGGGAGGUGCCCCUCAUAAUGUCAAAUUACCAAAAUCCAGCAUAUGGGUUGAGGCAAUUUGUGCAACUCUACUUAUUAGUAUAGCUCCAUACCUAAUUCUCUUCUUUAUACCUGUGACGAACCGCAAGGAACAUGAGCCUUAUCUUAAGAUCCUUCUUGCCUUUGCCUCGGGUGGCCUUCUCGGGGAUGCAUUUUUGCACCUGAUUCCUCAUGCACUUAUGGCGAAGGCUGCAGCAGGCAGUGGUGACCACUCACACUCACAUUCUCACUCUCAUUCUCAUUCUAACACCCACGAGGGCAGUGGUGAGGCUGAUCAUGGUCAUGACAUGAGCAUUGGGCUUGCUGUGUUGGGUGGCAUUAUCGCAUUCCUUGUUGUAGAGAAGUUUGUGCGGAUUUUCAAGGGAGGUCACUCGCACUCGCAUGCCAUUCCAGUGUUGCAGGAAGAAAAGUCUAAGAAGAACGCUGAAGAGAAAUCAAAUGGAGACAAGGAAAAGAAGAAUGACAAAAAGAAAAACUCUAAGCAUUUGACCAAAAAAAAUGAAGGGGAGAUUAAGGUUGCAGGAUACCUCAAUCUUGCAGCUGAUUUUGCCCACAACUUGACAGAUGGUCUUGCCAUUGGGGCCUCAUUUCUGGCUGGCAAGAGCAUUGGGGUAGUAACUACAGUUACUAUCUUUCUUCAUGAAAUACCUCAUGAAAUUGGAGACUUUGCUAUCCUUCUGCAGUCUGGAUGUACCCGAAAAAAGGCCAUGAUGCUACAGUUGCUUACAGCUGUUGGAGCUUUAACAGGAACCAUAAUUUCCUUGUUAGCUGAGGGUGCAGAUGAAUCUGCCACAGCAUGGAUCCUGCCAUUUACUGCUGGAGGCUUCAUUUACAUUGCAACUGUAUCUGUCAUCCCAGAGCUGCUUGAAAACACUCGGUUCUGGCAGUCUGUGUUUGAGGUAGUGGCCCUCCUGAGUGGUGUAGGUCUUAUGAUGGCUAUUGCAUACCUUGAAGAGAUGGGUCAUGACCAUUGAAAAUGUAUCAUCUUUAGCUCAUUACUAGUAGUGCAGAUAAUAUAACAUUCUGUAUGUAAUAUUGAUAGCUGUACAUUUAUGUUGAAUAUUUGUUGAAAGCUUCUUGCUGUAUUAUGUUCCGUUUUCAUUUGGAAGGAACUAUUCUGAAAAUAUACACUUGAGAAAUAUCUAUCUUUGUACGGUACAUGUUUUUUUCUGGGGGAAGGGGGGGGGGUAACCCCUUCAGGCUCCCUGUAGCUAUUAUAACACUGAUUCAAUGCCAUACUAUUAGGUGUCAUCAGUCAUGGAGUUCUUAUUGGCCUACUGGGGCCCCAUGAGCCAGAACCUGGACCUCCUCAGAGAGGCAUGGGGAGCGGUGGCACUAUGAACACCUUACUUUUUCUGCCACCAAUUUCUGGGGCUUACCCAGAAAUUGGUGUUAAAUUACAUUAAACACUUUUUAUUUUCUUUAUUAUGGCUUGUAGUUAAAAAAAAUAAACACCUUAAAUACGUGCACG